AUGAAGUAGUUGUACAUAGAUAGUCGAAUUCACAUCUGUACACGUCUUGUUUGUUUCCAUGUUUUCUUCCGGCGCGACCGCGGGAACAACAGGAUCGGAGAUAUUUCUUUGGUGCUUGGUACCGAGAAUAACAGAAGCGAAGAAAAUGCAGGAAGACACCAGCGGCUGGGGCUGCCAGCCGAUCUGGUGGCGUAGAUGCUGCUAGAAGUGCAGAUCUACCAGAUCUUCCACACGCUGACACCGACAGAAAAAGGAGAUCACGUCCGACUACGAUGGCGACAUUGUCUACGCAGAAGUAUUUUUCGAGCCUGAUGCUUCUGCUACUCCGUAGGAUGGCAAUGACGGAGGGGAGUUCAAAUGUUGCUAUGGAGAAAUGUAAAAAUUUUGCUAGCAAUAGUACGGCAGCCUGCACUUCUUCGUGAUCCAGUACACAGUUUGUACUUAUCAUCUCCCGUUGAUGAAGAGUCGAGGCGUCCGCAUUUAUCGGCUAGAAAGAUGAUGUGGAGUAGCUCGGUGUUUUGCACCUUGUGCAGAAUUAUAUUUCCAGUUGCGUCCGGCUCCGUCUUCCCGCCCCUGCUGCUCUCUACUAGCGUCUUCCUUCAAGCACCAGGAACAACUACAGGCACGCUAAUUGAAGACGAUUCGUUCGUAAAAAUCUCAAACGAAGCGGCCGCAACAGUUCUUACAGCCGAUGGAGGAGUGGAUGGAUCGAACCCGAAAGAGGAACCUCCAAAACCCCUAUCCGCCUACACGAAGGAGCUGCUCCGGGGCGUGCGCCGUGCGGUCAGUUGGGAUCAUUACCGAAAGGCGGAAGAACUUGGGCUGCUUCCGCCGCAACCACCCGACGAGGACUCCGCCUCUUCACAACAAGCUCUUAACUACCAAGUCGUGGACCAUUCCGAUUUCUGCGCGAAAGACUCGCCGAUCAUUUUUCGGAUGCGGGAGCACGGGAUUCGGUUGCUACAGCAGAAGUACCGGUUUCACGUCGACAAAUACCGGAGGUUCCGCGACAAGGGGGUUCUGACCGACGGCUUCAUGGGGGUGGAGGACUCGGGGGAAAAACCCUUGGCCUUUACCCCCCAGUACUUUCCAGACGAAGUGCAAACGGCGUGGUACGCGUGGCGAGCGAAAACCAGGCUGGCCAGGAAAGCAGUGCACGAGAUUGGAAAUGUGGCCGAC